AUGGCUACCGCAACAGAUCCGCGGACCGAGGAGCUUCUUCGGCGGCCCAUUUAUGUCUAUGACAUGCCCCCGGAGGUUCUCGUCUCCAUCACAUUCAAGGAUGCACCCGGCGAGGCCCUCGCACAGACGGAGCAAUCUGAUUCCCCGGACGACCGGAGUGCUUCGCCUGCGCCGUCAAAUGAUAGUGUCGUAGGGUCGCAGGCUUGCUCCUUGUGCGCCCUCUCCUUUGCGACUGUGGAUGACCAAAGGAGCCAUCUCAAGUCUGAUUUCCACAACUACAACCUCAAACAGAAGCUUCGUGGCGGCAAGCCCGUCACCGAAGAUGAGUUUGAGAGGUUAAUCGCUGAUCUCGACGAAAGCUUGUCUGGCUCCGACUCUUCCGAGAGCGAGGAGGAUGAGGACGAGGAUGAGGGAGAUGACAGACGCAGGACGAUUCCGACGAAGAGCAAGGGCCCCAGAGGAAAGGCCGGGGCACCCUCCCCUCCUGUGGUUCAGCUCCCCUUGCUCCCAGAGAACAGCUACUUCGGCUUGUACCGCGCCCUCUUUACGGAUGAGGAGCUCAAGGACGAAUCCUCCAUCGUCGAGGUCAUCAAGAGAAGGCAGCUGCAACCCUUGGCCAUCCCCAAACCCGCUAAAGAUGGAUCGCUGCCGCAAAUCGCGUAUAAAGGGCCGCACAUCUUCUUGUGCAUGAUAGGAGGUGGCCAUUUCGCCGCCAUGGUAGUAUCCCUCGCGCCUAGGAAGGGCGCGAGUAACGGACCGAUGAACAGGGAGGCCACCGUCCUGGCCCACAAGACGUUCCACAGGUACACGACGAGGCGGAAGCAAGGUGGCUCGCAGUCGGCCAACGACAACGCCAAGGGCACUGCGCACUCGGCCGGGUCUGGCCUGCGAAGGGCCAACGAGAAGAAGCUCGUCGAGGACGUGCGUGCGCUUCUACAGGACUGGAAGCAGCUGCUCGAUACAUCCGAUUUGUUGUUCAUACGGGCUACCGGGGUUACGAAUAGGCGAACCCUCUUCGGGCCGUACGACGGACAGGUGUUAAAAGCAAAUGACCCGCGGAUUAGAGGGUUCCCCUUUACAACGCGGCGGGCGACGCAAAAGGAGCUGAUGAGGUCAUUUGUGGAACUUACAAGAUUCAAGAUCAAGGAGGUUAUCCCCGUCGCUGCCACCACUGCCGCCGAGGAUGCGGCCAAGGCCCGGUCGAAGCAAGAGAAGGCGACCACGCCCAAGCCUUCGAAACCAGCCCUCACCGAAGAGCAGGAGACGGCGCUGUUGCACACGUCGCAGCUCCAGGCCAUGAUUAGGAGAUCCAAGCUGCCGGCCCUGCUGACAUACCUCAAGACCAACAAACUCGAGCCCGACUUCCUCUUCCAACCUCCGGAGCAGAACUACCAUGCGCCGACCCUCUUGCACAUGGCGGCCGCCCAGAAUGCAGCCGUGUUAGUGGCAGGCCUGAUCUCCAAGGCCGGGGCGGACCCUACCUUGCGGAAUAAGGAAGGUAAAACGCCCUUUGAGCUGGCCGGCGACCGCCCCACGCGGGACGCCUUCCGCGUCGCGAGAUCGGAGCUCGGAGAGGCCAAGUGGGAUUGGGAGGCGGCCAAGGUACCGGCAGCGAUAACGAGGGCGGAUGCGGACAAGCGAGGCGAGCGAGAAAGGGAGGAGAGCGACAAGCGCGAGGGGAGCGGAGGAGAACCGAAGAAGAGAGGCUGCGGGCCGAAGAGGAGGCCAACGCCGACAGCGCAAGACGGAGGAAGGGGGUGCUGGGAGCAGCCGGGGCGAUGA